AUGUGGCCACGGACCGUACUGAUCCCCCGAGGGGCUUGUCGUCAUGGUCAUCUAUCACUGAGGCUGCCAUGCGGAGCACGUAGCUUCGGAGUUACCGCGCAAACAAUCUCAGCUCUAUGCGAAACCCGGCGUCCUGUUCUCUCCUCAUACAAGCUCGACCCUUCUGGACAGAAGCGCUGGAUCACACAAAAAUACCUGCAGCGUGUCCAAGAAGGCAAGGAUGAAUGGGCCCGUCAUGCCGAGGAAAUUAAGGCGGGAAAGCGGAAGGACUUUGCGACUCAUCUGGAGGAGCGCGGGUUGAUUCAUGAUGUUGUUGGAGAACGAGAGCUUUUGCAUAAAGUCUUCACCGAGAAGCGCGCAGGUAUCUACGUCGGUAUCGACCCCACAGCACCUUCGAUGCACGUCGGACAUAUGCUUCCUUUCAUGGUGCUGGCCUGGGGCUAUGUUUGGGGGUUGCCGGUGACGUUUUUGCUUGGUGGUGCCACAUCUCGCGUCGGCGACCCAACCGGACGAUUGAAGGGCCGCGACCAAGUACACUCUUCAAUUCGCAAGGCGAACAUGGCCAGCAUGCACAUGCAGCUGAAGAAACUCGGCAGCAGUAUCGAGCAGUAUGGGCGACGACACGGCUACACGAGAAAACCGAUCUGGAAGCGAGCACUACUGAACAACAAUACAUGGUGGAACUCAAUGCCUUUUAUCGAGGUCCUUCGAGAUUUGGGCGCAUAUAUGAGACUUGGUCCGAUGCUUGGGCGAGACACUGUCAAGACUCGACUGAGCCAAGGCGACGGCAUGUCUUUUGCCGAAUUCUCCUACCCGCUCCUUCAAGCGUGGGACUGGUGGACGAUGUUUCAAAAGGGCACACAAGUGCAAGUUGGUGGAGCUGACCAAUAUGGAAAUAUUCUUUUCGGAAUGGACGCCGUCAAGGCGAUCAGCCGUAAUACGGCAGACGAGCAGCUGCGAAAUCCAUUGGAAUCCGAGUUGGAUCGGCCCAUUGGCUUCACGACUCCUCUUCUGACUACUUCGUCUGGUGAAAAGUUUGGAAAGUCCGCGGGCAAUGCGAUUUGGCUUGACAAGGACAUGACUUCAACCUUUGAGCUUUAUCAGUUCUUCGUCCGCACACCCGACGACACUGUUGAGAGAUAUCUUAAGCUGUUCACCUUCAUUCCUCUGCCUGAGAUUGCCACCAUCAUGGAGGAGCAAAAUCAGGAUCCCUCUAAGCGAAUCGCCCAGCACAAACUCGCUUACGAGUUUGUUGAGCUCGUGCACGGCAAAGAUGAAGCUGAUGCCGUGUCUCUGCAACAUCGUCAACUUUUCCGUCCUCGAUCUUCCACGGGCGAGCCGUCGCCCAUGCCACGCACCUCCAGCCCCCCCGCAAGCCAUGCUCAGUCUUCAACAUCUAGCUUCACGACUCCGCAAUCCGGGAAUCCCUUCGCAUCGCAGACCAACUUUGCAAACAUGCCCAACGCCCGGGUCACUCUUCCCAGAUCUCUCGUCUACAAUCAGUCGUUCAACAAAAUCCUUUGGUCCGCAGGUCUCGUCUCGUCCAAGAGCGAAGGCCACCGCGUCAUCGUCAACAAUGGCGCCUACGUGGGUAGCCGUCCAGGUGACAGCGGACCCAUGUCUGAUGAUCUGGCGUUUACUCCUAUUCGCCCGUGGCCUGCGGAGAAGACCGAGGAGUAUAUUAUCGGAGACAACCUUUUGAUGCUGAAGCUUGGAAAGUGGAAGUUCAAGAUGGUUGAGAUUGUCAGCGACGAGGACUUUCGGGCGCAGGGGCUGACUGCACCCGGUUGGGAGGAGCUCACCCAGCCUUCAGAGUCAAAGGAGUGA